GUGCUUGAUCAUAUUAUCGCGGAAUUAAAAGUGAAUUUAACGUGUACAAAAGUUUUACGGUAGACAGCAGUAAUUGUGUGUCAUGAAAGCAUUAAUUAACGUGUGAGUAACGUGAUUUGCCAUGACUUUUAAAAAACAAAAUUUUUUUAUAAAAAGAAACAACAAAAUAAAAGGAUUUAUUUUGUGUACAUUCGUACUUCGUAAUUAGAAAAAUCAAUAAGCCUCGGUAUUAAUUUUUUUUUGUCACUGAAAAAUUUAAUAGUCAUAAAAUAUCCGAGUGAAAGUGAAAGCUGGUUUUACUAAAAAACCAAUAGCGAGUAAUUAAAAUAAAUUUUAAAUUAUUUGUGUUGUUUUUUAUUUAUAAAAAAAUGAAGAAGUUAAAAUUCGCGCAAUAUUUUGUGGCUAUUGUCGUGUCUUUGGUGGACAAAAGCGCCGGGGGUAGUUGCAGAGCUGCGAAAUUGUGCUGUCAAGGCCGCGAUUCCGGGUGUGUUAUUCAAAAAGUUUCACCAAAUGCUAUUAUCGAAAGCCCUAAAGAUAAACCCUGUUACUGCGAUCACGCUUGUCUUAAAUUAAAUGAUUGCUGUAAUGAUUUUCGUGAAACUUGUAGUGUAGUCGACUGUGAAGUAAGUGAAUGGGGAACAUGGUCAGUUUGUGAUAAUUUAUGUGGGGUCGGUAUUCAAAGUAGAAUACGUGUUGUUACAAAGUCGAAACAAAAUGGUGGGAAACAUUGUCCGCAAUUAGAGCAAUCUAGGGUAUGUCAAGAACACGUUGGAUGUCGUCAUUGGGAAAGAGAGUCAUUAUAUAAAAGCAACGUGACUUUGCUCACGACAUGGCAUGAGAUUAAUCCAGAGCUAAAUGAGACAACAAUCGAGACGAAACAAGGAACGUGCUCGGCUUUUACCGUAAUUUGGGCGUCCAGAGCAUGCAGCAAGGACUUUCCAGGCGUAACACUCGGUGCGCAAAUAUGUGUCAUGUGUCAUAGCGAACCAGAGACUGGAAACUGUCAAAAUAAUCAGGAUCCACUGGGACCUACAGGAAUCGGCAGGUGGAAAAUAAUAACAUCAAUAUCAGCGCGGUGUCACGGAAAAUGGAUCAGCAGCGCGAAUAAUAUUCAGCAGUGCGACGUCAACGACUGCAAAAAUACAACGUCUUUUGUAGCGGAACAGUCAUGCAGAUUAUAAAUGUUUGAUAAUAAAAACAAAAAAAGUAAAGAGAUAUGUUACAUGGAAAUGUGGACGAGGCAGCGGAAAGGGCAAUGACAUAUCAAAUUCAAAAUUCAAAAUAUAAAAUAACCCGGUCUAAAUGUACCACGGGCUCAAAUUGUCUGUACCAUCUAUUGCAUAAAUAAACAUUCGU